AGCAAUUUCAAAAAGAAAUCGAGAAGAUGAUGUUGAUUUAGACGGAGAAAGUCGUACAAAACGUCGUCGUUCGUCAGAAUUUUGGUCAUACUAUACUCACCUUGACGGCAACCGAGUGCCGUUGCCCAACUUCCUAAUAGGCAUGCUUGGGGACGAUAGCAAAGGUGUAGAACCACGCUCUGCUUUCUCGCAGUUCACAAACGUAAAAGUGGGAGAUCAAAUCAGGGUAAAAAGUCUCGGCCAGUCACCCAAGUUCUUUGCGGAGGACUAUCAAGGUCACGAGCUUAUUGUGACUGAGCAGAUGAUGGAGCUAUGGGAGUUACUUGGUGGGGAUUUUGAAUGGUCGAUUAAAAGAUGCCUGUCUGGCCCCAUGGGAGUCGGGAAAUCAUAUAUCGCUUGGUUUCUAGCUGCUAAGGCAUAUGCUCAUGGGUGGCCAGUCCUCUAUAUCCCCGACGCUAUGGAUCUCCAGUCGUCUGUAUCAGAGGAAGAAGCAGCGACCAUUAUAUGUCGGAUCUUUAUAGCUUUCAACAAAGACAUUCUAACAGUGGAAGAGCUUGUAAACAUGGUUAAUUUUCAGGAUACAACAAAACCUCUUGUGGUUUCAACUGCUAGAUACAUUUUACGCAAUCUACUCCAACAAAGACAACAGAAAACUCUUUUUGUUAUUGAUGAGCAUGGAGCCUUGUUUCCACAUG